AUGGCUGCGUUGAAAGACGGAAAUGCCAGCGACAACAAGGGUCCGAUGAUCCUAUCAGUGCUGUGGGCACUGACAGGCCUCACAACCGUUCUUGUCAUAGCACGCAUGUACAUCAGAACAAGUCUCUUGCACAACCUCGGAUCGGACGACUGGUUGAUCACAGCGUCUUUGGUAAUGGGAAUUGUCUACUGUGCUAUCACGACAAUAAAUGUGGAUAUGGGAUUUGGGAAGCAUGCAUGGCUAUUGAGCGAAAGAACUGUGGAACAUGCUACAUACCUCAACUGCUUGAGCUUCCUUUUCGGGAUCAUCUCAUUCACGAUUCCCAAGCUGGCGGUGACUGCGAUGCUAAAUCGGAUUCUCAACCCAAGUAUGGUGCAGCGGAUAUGUUUGUGGACGUUGACUGGAUUCGCUGCGGUUGUGUCGGGAAUAUGCAUUAUUGUGCUGUUCACGAUGUGCGACCCACCGGAGGCAUUGUGGAAGACACAUCUGGUGACAGAGGGAAAGGCAACCUGCAAAGACGUCUGGAUUUUGAUUGACUAUGCUAUAUUUACUGGAGCUAACAGCCUAGCCUUAUCCGCCUUUGUCGAUCUAACGCUGGCUGUAUAUCCGAGCACGGUGCUGAUGAAACUUCAUAUGUCGUUGCGCAAACGGCUCGCUUUGUGCGCAGCCUUAGGUUUGGGCUCUGUUGCUUCUGCAAUGGCCAUCGUCAAGUGCACGCAGUUGAAGGGAUUAGCUGACAAAUCCGACUACACCUACGGCACUGCCGAGCUAGUUAUGUGGACCAAGUGCAGCAUCGAAUCUAACGUUGUCAUAAUCGCCUCCUGCAUUCCGACCCUCCAACCCGUCCUCGAACUGAUUCUCGGCAAACGCACCACAAGCUCCUACAACAGUCGCAACCGCUACAAAGGGAGUUCGCAAUUGCCAGAUUCCUCCAACGACCAUAGCAAGCUGUCCAAGCCACGAAAGACCGACUACGAGAUCACAACGGUGGGAAGUCAAGAGAGCAUUCUCCGGGAGGAAGCCAACGGGCGCAUCGAAAGUCAUCCGAUGGGAGCAAUCAGACGGACGGAUAAUGUGACGGUGGAAUAUGAGAGUCGGUCGAGAGAGGAUCCGGCGGAGCUGCGGGUGUCAUGGUAG